CAAAAAUAUAUCAAUAGAUUUGAAUUUAAAGUCAUUCGUAAGACAAUGGACUCAAUGUAUUGAAUGUAUCAUGAAGUGAACCAUUGAGUCGAUUGGCAAUCAAUGACUUUAUAUGUAGUUAUACCUGUAGUGCAGUCACUGUCCACUCGUUUCCCUUUAAAUUCACUGCUAUUUGCAGUGAUUUUCAUGUGAAUCAGCCCUCAAUCACACCUUUUAUUGUUCACAUUUUAUACGCUUUUAUUUCACUAUUUAUUAUUUUAUUUAAAUCCCUUUCAACCCAUUUAUAAAUCAAUCAAUACAUAAAGCAUUUCAAUACAAUGGACCAAAUCAUUGACGAGAACUUCAUUCAAAUGAAUGGAAACAAGCCUUUGGUUCCCAAUAAUCACAAAGUGGUCAACAAAUUGGUGAUCAAUAAUGAGAGACGAGUUUUGGGCCCAAUUGUGGCCAACACUUCGCUCCACCAGAAGAGCCACAAAUCGUCGGCAUUGCAACGGAAACAGUGGCCAAACGAGUCCAACCACACGAACACUUCCGUCAACGCUUCCAAUGCUUCCAACGCCGGUCUCAAGAGGUCGGAUGAGGCCACGAAAGUGUCUUUGGGACACAAAUCGGAUUUCGAGAUCUUCUGCGAUAACUCGGACUCUGAGAUGAAUAUCUCGAAAAUGGAGAACGACUUCGACAUCACUUUCGAUGAGAACGACGAGAACCGCGAGAAUGAGAUG